AUGACACAGUCUCUGUCAACAAAAUCUAGUAUAUCAACCAAUACAUCCACUAGUUUUUCAAAAUAUGAUGAACUUCGUCCUUCAGAGUCUUUAGAUUCUUCAGUAUCUGUAAACAAUCAAAAUAUCUCAUCACUUGAGUCUAUACCGUUACCUACAAAUUCUAUAACUAAUAAACCUGCUAUUGCAUCUUCCUCUAUUUAUCAAAUGUGUCGAGAGAUUCAUGAGCGAUUGCUCGAGGUUCCAAAUUUUGAAAUUUAUUUGACUAAUGCCAGGUCUCAAAGCGAUCUUUUUCCAGCAGGAAUAACAAAUGAUCCAGUCUCUUUACUUUGGCAAUGUUUCCGUCAAGGUGCAAGUCUUUGUGCUCUUUACAAUGCACUUAAGCCCGAAAAACCUUUAACUGUUAAUCCAAAAGCCCACUUAACAAGUAUGAAUGCAUGUAAAGCAAAUGUAUAUCAUUUUCUUCUAGCUUGUCGUAACGAACUUGGAUAUAAAGAUAGCGACUUGUUCUCUAUUUCUCAACUGUAUCAGGAUGAUACAAAUGGGUUUGUUAAAGUAGCGAAAACAGUGUCUCUUAUACUAGACAAACUAGAAGAACAGAAUCUUUUAAUUAAAAGAAAAAAAGUAAUAUGUCAUGAUCAAAAUUUAAAUAAACCAAAAGAUAAUCGUGCCAAAGUUGUUGCAGAACUUUUAGAUACAGAAAGAAAGUAUGUCCAAGACAUGGAAACUUUGCAAAACUAUAUGCAUGCUCUUCAAUCAAAUGAAAUUGUAUCCGCAGAUACAAUUCAUCUUUUAUUUGCAAACCUCAAUAUGCUUGUUGAUUUUCAACGUAGAUUUCUUAUUGGAAUAGAAGCUAAUUCUGCUCUUCAACCUGAGCACCAAAGAUUUGGAGCACUAUUUAUGCAAAUGGAGGAAUCAUUUAGUAUAUAUGAACCGUUUUGUUCGAAUUAUACAUAUGCUUCUGAUCUUGCUAUUGAGGAAACUGCGAAAUUAAGUAAACUUGCACAUAUUGUAGAACCUACUUAUGAAUUACCAUCAUUAUUAAUUAAACCUAUUCAAAGAAUUUGCAAAUACCCGCUUUUACUUAAAGAACUGUUAAAACAUACAAGUCCAUCAGAUCCUCAUUAUGAAGAAUUAAAACAAGGAAUGCAUGCAAUUAAGCGAGUUACAGAUCGUGUUAAUGAAACUCGUCGUCGACAAGAAAAUGAGGUUGUUGUAAUGGAACUUGAGAGAAGAGUAGAAGACUGGAAGGGACAUAAUGUAUCAAGUUUUGGAGCACUUUUACUUGAAGAUAUAUUUAUGGUACUUAAAGGAGAUGUAGAACGAGAAUAUCAUGUAUAUCUUUUUGAAAGAAUUUUACUUUGUUGUAAAGAAAUGUCCACCUCAAAAAAACAAACAAAAAACAUGUCUAUUUCAAAAAAGCCACAAAAAAAACGAGGAAGUUUGCAAUUAAAAGGCAGAAUUUUUAUUAAUAACGUCUCAGAUAUUAAUUCUAUUUCAAAAAAUGGACAAUAUACUUUACAGAUUCACUGGCAUAAUGAUCAUGAAAAGGAAUACUUUAUACUUAGAUGUCGUAAUGAAGAAAAUUUGAAACAAUGGCAUACUGCACUCAAAAAACUCAUAGAAGAAUUAAAAUCUAAAGAAAGCAUUCAAAUUAAUCAAAAUCUAGUAAACCAUAAAUCCAGUUUAUCUAAUAAUCAAUUUACAGCAGUUAAGAAUUUUAAUAUGAAACCAAAAAAUUACACAACUGAUAGUGAUGACGAUAAUUGCUAUAAAGAUCUUGAAGACAUUAUUGAUAACGGCAGCGAUAUAGGAUCAUCAACUAUGAGUAGGAACCCAUCUUCAAUUAGUAUGAGGUCAAGAUCUACUACAAAUGAUAGCAUUCUUAGUUUUGGGAAUAAUUACUAUGGAACUUGGACUUGCCCUUCUCGAGAACUAUCUCAGACUUCAAAAAUAUCACAAACAUAUUUUCAAUCCUGUUCGUCAAAUCCUAAAAAUGCUCCAGAAAAUAUAAAUUACAGACCUUUUGAAAACAAUUAUACAAUUUAUCCAGAAUCUCAUAUACCAACUAUUGAUUCAUCAUCUAAUCUUACAAGGAAAAAUACAAACUCAUCUACUGCAAAUCCUUAUUCAUUUACAAGAUUUAAUUCACAAAAUUGUAAUCGCGAUUUUGACCAACUUAGGUUCACUGCACCUCCUAUGUCUCAGACACCUCAUGAAAACAAUAUUCCCUAUUUGUCACACAAUUAUCGUAUUCCAAUACAUCAAGCUCCUUCAAUAUCAGACAUAUCUCAAAAUAGGCUACGCUCUGCAAGCAAUCCAAUGAUGAAUACAUUUUCAGAAAACCAAAUACCUUUCAACACUAAUUUUUUAUCAUCACUGUCAUCAUCCCGUUUAGCAUUAAGCCAUAGAAUUGAACAUAAUGAUAGUACAUCAUCAUCUAUUUCUUCAAAUACAUCGUUGUCACGGCCUACUACUGAAUCACCAAAUACAACAGGUAAUAUUUCACCAUCUACUAUUCCGCAUACUCGUUUAGAAGCAAAUAAAAAUGAAAAUCAUAUAAAAGUUAAGGUUAAUUAUUUAGAUGAUAUUUUCGUUAUUAUUGUCGCGCCAAAUAUUGGAUAUGCUCAGUUAAUAGAGAAAGUUGAGCGUAAAAUUCAUCUUUGUGGGAAUUAUGCAGCAAAAAAUCUUAAACAACCAUUACGAAUAAGAUAUCAAGAUGAAGAUGGUGAUCAUAUUACAAUUAAUUCAGAUGAAGAUGUACAAAUGGCAGUAGAAAUGCGGCACAUGUAUGGAACGGAAGGACUAUCGGGUACGUCAGGCAUCAUUAAUCUUUAUGUUGGAUAA